AUGUCUUCCCAGCAGAUCCUGCCCUCGGAGACCAUCAUCCACCGAUAUGGUAGCUCCUUAGCCGGCAAGACAAUCCUGAUAACCGGCGUAUCCGGCGACUCUAUUGCCGGCGAACUGGCCAUCCAACUAAGCGCUGCAGCCCCCCAUCUCCUCAUCCUCAGCGCUCGAGCCGAGGAAAGAGUCACCCCCGUCAUCGAGAAAAUCAAAUCCAUAGCCCCCAGUGUCAAUACCAGAUUCCUCAAAAUGGAUCUGGGAGACAUGAGCAGUAUUAGAAAGGCGGUUGAGACCCUUCACGAUAUCCCGAAGAUCGACCAUCUCGCUUGUGUUGCGGGUGUCAUGGCUACUCCGUAUGGAACUACCAAGGAUGGAUUCGAGACGCAGUUCGGGGUGAACUAUUUGGCCAACUUUCUGUUGGUUAAGUUGCUUCUUCCGAAGGUAAGGGCUGCCGGAGCUGGAUCGUCCAUCAUUAUUGUUGCAAGUAGUGCAGCCAGGAGUGGGAAGGUUCAUUUUGAGGAUGUUGGCUUUAGUGAAGGCAAAACGUAUGAUCCUCUGGUGGCAUAUAACCAAUCCAACGCUGCCCGGGUGCUGUUUGUGAAGGCGCUGGCGGAGAAAUUGGGAGAUCAGGGAAUUCGAGUCUUUAGCAUUGAUCCUGGUGCUGUCCAGUCCGGCCUGCAACGCCAUUUCACGCCAGAAUUCCAAGCAAUGGUUGCGGGGGCUAUGGCUUCUGGAGGCCUGGUCGACCUUGACGGUAGGCCGAUCGAAAUGCCCCCGUGGACCACAAAGUCUGAAGGCGCCGCGACUAUUAUCACGGGCAUGAUUGACCCUACCAUCCAAGGACAUAACGGGGCCUUCCUCCACAACAACGCCGUUGCCAACGACGAGUUGAAUAGCCACACUCGCAAUCACGACAAUCAGGUGAAGCUGUGGGAACUUAGUGAGCAGAUGCUUCACGAGCCAUUUGCUGUUUAA